AUGUCGUUGUUUUUAGCGUUACCAAUCAAGACCGAGAAUAUUGAUAAGAAGAAGGAAUUAGAUGGUCAUGAUAAGAUCAGGGAGAUUGUUGAUGAUGACAGGGUCGACGAGCACGAGAGAAAGCGUUGUUCCCUCAGCCACUUGUUUAAGGAGUUAGUUUCAUUUCUUUUGCUUCAAUCCCUUGUUGAUGAGAAUGAUUCGGACUUGGACGAGCCCCAAAUCGAGCACUUGUUGCAAACGGCUGAAGCAAUUAGAAAGGACUAUCCCAAUGAAGAAGACCUUGGGAAGGUGCUUCUUCUUCCUAGCUUUGGGGAACUUCCUCAAUGGGUUGUUGUAGGUGACACAUUCCCAGUUGGUUGUUCUUUUGAUGAAUCAGUCCAUCACAAGUAUUUCAAGGAAAAUCCAGACUGCAGCAAUCCUGCUUACAACACUAAAUAUGGAGUUUAUGUUGAGGGCUGUGGGCUCAACAACGUGAUGAUGUCAUUGGGACACGAUGACUACAUGUAUUUGGUGGCAAAGGAGAAUCAAACCACUCUACCUUCUGCAGCUCUUUUUAUCAUCAGAUAUCACUCCUUCUACGCAUUACAUAGAUCAGAGGCAUACAAGCACUUAAUGAAUGAGGAGGAUGUUGAGAAUCUGAAAUGGCUCCAGAUAUUCAACAAAUAUGACCUUUAUAGCAAGAGCAAGGUUCGGAUCAAUGUUGAAAAGGUUAAGCCAUACUAUCUUUCCCUCAUUGAAAAGCAAAUGAUCAUGGUGGAAGAAAACUUGCUCAAGAAAUUCCAGAUUUCUCUCCAAGACAAGCAUGCCAUAAAGGUGUACAGUACAGAACGCGACCUCACUGAACUAGAUUUCAUGAGUAGAAUAUCUUUGAUGAAGCACAACAAUUUCUUCAACCAGAAAUCCAAAGCAAAUCCAUAUAUAGAAGUCAGACCCAGUGACUAGACUGUCAUGAUGACCGAGGGGUUUCAUCAGCAUUGAUUGUGGCAGCAACGAAGAUUACAUUGAAGAGGCAACGGGUAUUUCGUAUGUGACAGACAAAGGAUUAAU